AUGGCAGAAUUUACAGGUUACAAGGAAACCUCAAAUCGGCACCUACGAUUCAAAUUGCAGAGUCUUAGUCGCCGCCUUGAUGAACUAGAGGAAGCAACCAAAAAUCUGCAAAAAGCAGAGGAUGAGCUGCUUGACCUCCAGGACAAAGUUAUCCAGGCAGAAGGCAGCAACUCCAGCAUGCUGGCUGAUGUUGAAGCCCUGCGGAAAAGAGUGCUGAAGAUCGAAGGCAAGGAUGAAGAAAUUAGGAAGGCUGAAGAGCUUUGCCGGUUAAUGAAAGAAAAACUUGAAGAGGAAGAGAGUCUAACCCGAGAGCUGAAGUCAGAAAUCGAACACCUUCAGAAGAGAAUGGCAGAGCUGGAGAAGCUGGAAGAGGCCUUUGGCAGGAGCAAGAACGACUGUACGCAGCUGUGUCUUAGCCUUAAUGAAGAAAAGAACUUGACCAAAAAGAUAUCUACAGAACUAGAAAUACUUAGAGUGAAAGUGAAAGAACUGGAAGCAUCUGAGGACAGGCUGGAUAAAACUGAGCAGAGCUUAACAUGUGAGUUAGAAAAACUGAAAUCCUUAGCACUGAGCUUUAUCAGUGAAAGAAAACAUUUUAAUGAAAGAGAAAAGCAGAAUGAAAAAAUAAUCCAGGAGCUAACACAGAAACUAGAACAAAACAAUAAACUAAAUAGGGCCGAUCAAACUAGAAAUGCAUCCAACUUGCUAGAAAGGUCAUCAAAUAAUCUUCUGGACAGAAAUGAUUUAAGAAUUGAAGAUGACUUGACUUCUGCAUUGCCCUCUAAGGAGACCAGGAAGAAGGGAAGUGUGGAUUACCUGAAACAUGUGGAAAAUGAAACCAGGAAUAAAUCAGAAAACCAAAAGAAUAAAAAUCAGGAAGACAACAAAGUGAAAGAUCUCACCCAAGAAAUUGAGAAACUUAAAACUCAAAUUAAACGUUUUGAAUCUUUAGAAGAAGAACUUAAAAAAAUGAGAGCCAAAAACAGUGACCUGCAAGACAAUUACUUGAGUGAACAGAAUAAAAACAAACUCUUAACGGGUCAGCUAGAAGAAAUAAAAAUGCAAAUAAAGAAACAGAAAGAUCUGGAGAACGGAGAGGUUGAAAAUGAAGAUACAAGCUUUUCUAGCAGGGGAAAACAUGACAGACCUAAAUACAGAGGUGUCACAGCUGAUUUGACAGCUGCCAAGCACAAGCCAAGGGAGGUCUCACCGCAGCAGCGCCGGGAAAGAGCAAGGAACAGAGAUUUCUCUGUCAGUAAUGACAGCUUCAGCCACAGUGGUAAGCAGGUGCCCAGUCCAAGCUUAAUGAACAGAAAAGCAGGAAAAGCUUCUGGUGCAUCUGCCCUUUCAGACGCUGCUGUGACAGAUACAAAAAGACUGGAAGAGAAAUCUUUAGUUUCCACUUCUUCUUCUGAUCAGAAGGAAGGCUGUGUCACGCAGAAUGAUGGGAAGAGAUCAAAAGAGCAGCCGUCUGUCCUCAGCCGAUAUCCUCCUGCUGCACAGGAGCAGAAAUCUUGGAAAGCACCUUCCAAACCUGUUGGUGACACAGGCAUGAGAUCGAAGGCUGAAAAGUCAUCUCAGGUGCUCCGUGGCAACUGCCAAACCAGUGCUGAUGCACGGGAUGAAAAGUUAAGCAAAGGAGAAUUGGUGGCUGCUUUGGCUGAGAAGCUGAAAACAAGUCAGGCAGAAGUCAGUGACUGCUCGGGGGACACGCUGCUUGCCAGGGGUAAUCAUACCUCUUCCAACGGCACAGCUUCCACGUACAGGUACCAUCUCUACUCCCACAUGUCGGCAUCGGAUUCCACCAUCUCUAAAGCAGAAGCAGUGAACACUUUUGCUGCAUCACACAGACAGCCCUCAGAGGGCAGGGCUAAAAGAGCAAAUAUCUGCCAGGAAAAAGAAUUCGCAGACACAUCACUUGAAAGUGCAAAGCCUUCAACACUAACAAAGCGUUCCCAUCGCUCCAGGAGUCAGGAAGACAUUCUGCAGAUUCUCACAGGUCUUGAUAAAGAAGACAAGGAGCAGUCUUCAACUUCAGCAAUGGAUCAUCUAAAUGCUGGCUUGAAAAUGGACUCCAAGACCAUCCAGAGUAACCAGGAAAAGCUUAAUUCAGAUGAAGAAUUGGGAAGAAGCAAAAAAAACACCACUCAGUCAGAUUUUGAGACAAGAAAGAAAGUUAGUUCCAAGCAGUUCUCCAAUUCCAGGGGAAUUUUUAGAGCAUCACUUCUUGAAAAUGACAAAAACACUGUAAGUGAUGAAGACUCCACCAAGUGUAUAAAACCAUCAGAUGCCAGCACUGGAGGAUUUAAGUCCAGAAGGUCAUUCAGCCCAAGAGAAGCUUUGAGAUCAAAAGCUGUCAUUAAACCUGCAAUUGUUGAAAAGGAUAUGAAGGCAGUCAUGGGAGGGACUGUUUCUGAGGCAGAGUCAGAAAAACAGAAGUCUGUUUUUAAAAUGGUAACAAGUAAAAUGACAAGCAGCAUCACAAUCUUCCCUUCUGAGCCAACAGCUACAAGGACCAGUGCAGAUACAGCAGCAAAGGAAAGGCAUGUUACCACUAGCAACAUCAGAGUUGCUCCAAAUGAGCCUUCACCAAUAACAAAUGAUCUUCCCACACCCUUUGAGAUAUCAAUUAGUAAAAGUGCACUGAAAUUAUCUGAGACAGACAGAAUUGGAGAGGCAGUGCCAAGAAGUAAAGCAGAAACAGUGGUCUCCAGAAGCAGCAUUAUGAUAAAGACUUCUGAACUCACAGAGAGGAACAGUGAGCCGCCUUCGGAGGCAAUCAGCUGGAAGAGCUGCUCUUCAGAUACAGCUUCAUCUGAAACAAAACAUGUCACUGUGAGAAGUUCCUGGAGAACAAGACAAGGCUUACAUUCCCUGGAGGACUCUCAAACCAAAGUGGAGAAGAGUGAAGCUUCCAGUACUACAAACAUGAGUAGGUCCUCAGUGGAUCUCUCAGAAAUGGAGGGGAACAGUGCAAGAGCAAACUCCCUGGAGCAGACCUCAGCAAGGAGCAGUGCCACAGCUAAUUCCUGGACUGCCCCUGAACUGGGGUCCCGCAGGACCAAAAGUAACUUAAGUGCAUCUGAACUGCUAACACGCAGGAGCUAUGCAAGUGAUCCUACAGCAGCUUCUGCUUGGCACCGGACAAUGCUACCUGAUGAGAGCAAAGAUUUUGUGCUCAGUUCCAGAAGAAAACAAUAUGGCUCUUCGGAGUACCUCUCACAGGUUGACACACCAGGGAAAAGGCCAGUCACUAAGAUGGAAAUGCAGGACCCUGAAUCCAACCCCCAUGCACCGCUGGGUCUCCAAGCAGAGGAGCAGGGUGCUUCCCGUACCUGCCGGACAACAUCUCGGAGAUGA